GUCGAAGAAUUCGCGCGUGAAGAUUGAACGACUUCAGACGAGAAGACGCUUUUCAACGUUCUCUAUGCGUUAAACAGUUGACUGUUGACAGAUCUCCUCCGGUAGAGAGAGAGAGAGAGAGAGAGAGAGUUCUCUGAAAAAACUGCGUAAAUCCUAACUCGUCAAUGGCGGAUUCGAGCUCCAAUCAGAAUCGAUACACUCCUCCUAAUCAAAGGAAGGCUUCUGGGAAUCGCCGGAAGUCGGGAGAUCGAACAAGUAGCCAACAGAACAACGAUAAUGAGAGAAAUCAGCCUCCUGCUACUGGUCUUCAGAUGGAAAACAUAUCCCAGACCCAGAGGAUAAUAACAAUAAAGGACUGCUCCAGGAGUGCAGCUUAUCAGCUCAUGAGCCAACGAUGGGCAGCUGAAAUGCAUCAAUACGACGACCCAACUGUGGAUCUAUCUGUGCGACCAAUCAUGUACUAUGGAGGGAGUGUUUGGGGUAAACUACCUCAUCAGGUGGAACUAACUUCAAACUCUUAUCAUAUGCUUCUAGUUUUUCUAAAGAUGUGAGUACAUGAAUGAUGAGACCCCAUCUCUUGUUUUGUGUCAAAACAAUUACAGAUCCUGGCUGCAGCAAACAAGACAUUACCUCCUCCAUCGCCAACGGAUUACAUGACUGAAGUGCGGCGAGGAUUGCUGAUGCCAAAAGCCAACAAUUGAAUGGUUCUUGUUCAGAUGAUGGAGCCCAUAUAGACUAGUGAAAUGGUGUUUGUUGAGAUGGCACAAGCGGUGGUAUGUCAAUGACUUUUAUAUUGUGUGUGUGUAGGAUAACAGAUAUUGCUUUUGUCAGGAUCGGUUGUUUUCUCUGGUCCCUGAAAGUGUAAAAAACCCAAACCAGAGAUUUGAGUAACAAUCACGUUACCAUCUCAUUUUAGCUUAACUGGAUUACAAAUUCAUUGCUCCUUUCAUCUGUCUUACAAAGUUUGGUUUUGAAUUAGACGGGAAAUAGACCGUCUAGCUAAUAGAAGCCAGUUGUUACAAAAUUUAUGUGAAUCCAAG